AUGUCGGUGCAUACUAUCCCUCUGGUUACACCUUUCAUUAGAGGCCCGAGGUUCCCGUACAGAAAGAGCAAGUCGCCAUUCUUCCCCGGCGUGGAGGAGGCAAGCGUGGCAGGGGGCGCGGCCGGCGCCGGCUCACCCUCCGUGCCCGAACAGGCUCAAGAUGUGGUCUCCAGGCUCUCUGCUGCCGGUUUGUCAAUGUGCGUGAGCGCACUGGGCUCGCCGGCGCGGUCUUCACCCGUGUCAGCCGGCUCCGAACACGGCGAGCGCUUCAGCCGCAAGGUGUUUGUGGGGGGCCUGCCACCAGAUAUCGAUGAGGACGAGAUCACAUCGUCGUUCCGUCGGUUCGGCCCGCUGGUGGUGGACUGGCCGCACAAAGCUGAAAGCAAGAGCUAUUUUCCGCCCAAGGGUUACGCUUUUCUACUAUUUCAGGAUGAGAGCUCAGUAGCGGCUCUGAUGGAAGCGUGCAUAACAGAUGAUGAUAAGCUGUACCUGUGUGUCUCGUCACCCACGAUCCGCGACAAGCCGGUGCAGAUCCGGCCGUGGCGACUCGCCGACGCGGACUUUGUGCUCGACGCCAGCAUGUCUCUGGAUCCUAGGAAGACUGUCUUUGUGGGAGGAGUGCCACGCCCUCUCAAGGCUGUGGAGUUGGCGAUGAUAAUGGACCGGCUGUACGGCGGUGUGUGCUACGCGGGAAUCGACACGGACCCAGAGCUCAAAUAUCCAAAGGGCGCUGGUCGCGUGGCGUUCUCCAACCAGCAGUCGUACAUCGCGGCCAUCUCCGCGCGCUUCGUGCAGCUGCAGCAUGGGGACAUCGACAAGCGCGUUGAGGUAAAGCCGUAUGUCCUGGAUGAUCAGAUGUGUGAUGAGUGCGCUGGCGCGCGUUGCGGGUCCAAGUUUGCACCGUUCUUCUGCGCCAACGUCACUUGUCUACAGUACUACUGCGAGCACUGCUGGGCGACGAUCCACUCGCGGCCCGGCCGGGAGUUCCACAAGCCGCUCGUCAAGGAGGGCGCCGACCGGCCCCGCGCCGUGCCCUUCCGCUGGUGCUAG